AUGAAACUGAUCAUCCUCGACAUCGUUGCCAUCACCGCCUUCCUCGCCUACGCCCAGAAACUGUCCCUCGUGUCCGCUGCAUCUGCUGUCCCACUGCCCGCCUUGACUGCCUCUUCCACCCCCUUCGUCGCUCCCGUCGAGAGGAGGUUGAGACCUUCAGUCGUCCCCGGGAACGAGGCGGCUAACGGUCUUGCUGAUCGAGUGAGUCAACUUUUCCUUGGCGGGGCGAGCAAAGCGGUGGGCGCGACCUUCAAUGGUCUCGCUCGUUCGCACGAGAAGUUCAGAGAUGUCACAGUCCUCCGACACUAUAGAGUCUUUGACAGACAACUGGCUAAAAAAGGAGAAGACCACGUAAUACUUAUGACGAAGUUUAACUUGAAGGAGGAGAAUUCGAAGUGGAAUGCGGCCGGUAGAAUGUAUCUCAGACGCCUGAUGGAGAUGUGGAAAGACAAGUCUUUGAGCGAGAUCGUCGAGAUUCUAAAACUCCAAGAUUACGGUUUACAACCCAAAGACAGCGGUAAUGAACUCAACGUUCUGGUCGAGCUCGACAGGUUGGUCGAGAAGCGCAAGACCAAGGCACAGGACAAGAUCGAGGCUUUGGAGAAGCAGCUGAACCAUCCCAAGCCUGGUGACUCUCAAGCGGACCUACAGGCAAAGAUUGAUGCGGAGAAGAACAUAGCGAACGAGUCGCUUAUGUCGGAGCUGGAACCUUACUAUCAGGGCAAUGAACUGUUCCAAUUUCUGUAUGCAUCGAAGAACCGUAACAAAGAUCAUCUUCUAACGCGUCUGUAUGAACACUGGAAGGCCAUAGGCCGGACCGCUGUCGAGGUAGAGCAAACGCUACGCGCCAUUGACCCAUCGGUGUCCGAGAAAGAAGUCGUACGCGCGAUCAAGGCGGUGGGCUCCGUGAAAGGACGCUAG